GAGAAGAAGAAGAAAAGAAGAAAUAAUAUGAUGAUGAUGAUGGAGUACUUAUCAGUUACGCUUCUUCUGAAGAUUUGUUUGUCAAUCGGUUUGGUUGGUGUUUUGAGUUUAUUUGUACAUCUGUAUAAUGUUCUAUGGCUGAAGCCUGAGAGGCGUAGAUGGAAGAUUCAAAGGCAGGGAAUCGGAGGUCCUCCACCUUCUUUCCUAUAUGGAAAUAUCCCUGAGAUGAAGAAGAUACAGCAGCAGCAGCAGCAAUCCAAAGCCAUGGCGGCGGCGAAGAACCAUAAUAAUAAAGUUGAUUUGUCAUCAUCAUCAUCAUCAUCAUCAUCAUCCAUAUCACAUACUGAUUGGCCUUCCAUUCUCUUUCCAUACUUGGAGGAGUGGCGAAACAAAUACGGUCAAAUGUUCAUGUACUCAACUGGUAACAUACAAUUCUUGUAUAUGAACAAUCCUGACGUAGUGAAAGAGAUAAGCCUCUGCACUGCUUUGGAAUUAGGAAAACCUUCUUAUCUAGCCAAGGAACGCAAGCCUUUAUUUGGAGACGGCAUUUUAGUCUCUAGUGGAAAAGUAUGGGCUCACCAGCGCAAGAGCAUUGCUCCAGAACUCUACUUAAACAAGGUUAAGGGAAUGAUCAAGUUAAUGGUGGAGUCUACAGAAUCACUGCUGAGAGCAUGGGAGAGCAGCAUUGAAGGAAAUGGGGGAAUUUCAAACAUAAGAGUUGAUGAGCAUUUUAGAAGUGUAGCUGCUGAUAUAAUCUCUAGGGCUUGUUUUGGUAGUAACUAUUCCAAAGGUGAAGAAAUAUUUUUGAAGCUUAGAGAUCUUCAAAGAGCCAUUUCCCAACGAAGUCUACUCAUUGGGGUUCCUGGAGUCAGAUUUAUUCCUUCCAAGAACAAUAGGGAGAUAUGGAGGUUGGAGAAAGAGAUCCGUUCAUUGAUUCUAAAUGUUGUAAAGGAACGUAGAGAAGCAGGAUAUGAGAAAGAUUUAUUACAAAUGAUACUUGAAAGUGCUGCUAGUAACAAUAACCAAGAAUUAGAUGAAAAUCAAUUCAUUGUUGAUAAUUGCAAGAACAUCUAUUUUGCUGGGCAUGAAACAAGUGCAACUACUGCAUCAUGGUGCUUGAUGCUAUUGGCGUUGUAUCCAGAAUGGCAAGAUCGUGCUCGUGCGGAGGUGGUAGAUGUUUACAAUGGUCACCACCGGCCUGAUGCUGAUAUGCUCCGUAAGCUGAAAACGUUGACAAUGGUGAUACAAGAGACAAUGCGUCUUUACCCUCCAGCAGCAUUUGUAUCAAGGGAACCCUCAAGAGAUAUGAAGUUUGGAGAAGUUGAUGUUCCUGAAGGUGUAAACAUUUGGAUUCCAGUAUCAACAUUUCACCAUGACCCAGAGAUAUGGGGACAUGAUGCACACAUGUUCAACCCAGAGAGGUUCGCAAAGGGAAUCUUCGGUGCAUGCAAGUUUCCACAUGCUUACAUGCCAUUUGGCAUGGGGACACGCACUUGUGUUGGCCAGAAUUUUGCCAUGAUUGAAUUAAAGGUUCUUCUUUCUCUUGUUCUUUUAAAAUUUUCCUUCUCAAUAUCUCCAAACUAUCAUCACUCCCCUGCAUUUCGAUUGGUUAUAGAGCCUGGAAAUGGGAUGGAGCUCUUCAUUAGGAGGGUUGAUUGAACUUGAAAGUAGCAGUUGGCCAUAUAAAUG